UUAUGAGAGUAUCACUUGAUUAAUUGAAGUAUUAGAUCUCAUAAAUACUUUAAAUCGAAGUAGAUAGUUUACAGAGUAAAAAAUUUAAGACUGGAGCUAUCCAAUGAUAGAAAAUAAUUUUAUAACAAUUAAUAGGUUUUCAAUACCAAUAGUGAUGGUAAACUUUAGAUGAGGAAACUAAAAAUUUUAAGUAAAUUAAAAAUAACUUUUUAAAUGGAAUUAUUAUGGCUCCAAAUAACAAGGAGUGCUUUAGUAAAAGAAUAGCAAUAGCCAUACUUAAAUUGAUUGAAGAAUAGAAUUUAUGAG